UGUAGUGAACACACAGCAAUCCAAGUAGCCAGUCAUCGCAUAACGAUCACUGAUAACGCGUCGUUCACUAUUUCAAUUUCAUUUGUUUUUUUCCUCCUUUCAAAGCGCUUUACGUUUGCUUCGAAAAUGGCUUUCCGUUUUACGUCCUUAAUCGCGUUCGGUUGUUUGCUGCUCGUUGCCGCUACGCCAAUCAAUGCUGCCGCCAUUGAUAAUUCUGUGGCUGAGCCACGUAUUCGCAAUACGGAUGAGCUGUUGACCACCAUUGUGGAUAAGUGUUUCCAUUCUAAUGGACUGCAUUGCCUUAAAGAGAAAGUGUUAACCUAUUUGGAUGGUGUGGCCGGUGUUGAGGAUGAUAUUAGUGGACGCGCUUUCAGCGAGGAUGUCAUCGAUAAGGUGAUCGUUGAUCGUGUUUCCAGAAUCUUGAACAACAAUGAAUUCCGCCUACGCUUGCCUGAAACCGGAUUCGGCAGCUCAGUGGUUAGCUACAGUGCCGCUCGUGGUUUUGAUGUCGAAGUACCUGAGACUGGAGCUCGCGGUGAAAAGAAGAAGGACAAAUUGAUCCUCCCUCUGUUGCUGUUAAUGAAAUUGAAAUUGAAGGUCGUACUGCCAAUCCUUAUGGGCCUGAUUGGACUCAAAGCAUUCAAGGCUUUGAUUUUGUCGAAAAUCGCCAUCAAAUUGGUACUUGGCUUCCUCAUCUACAACUUGAUCACCAAAUUGUCGGGCGCUAAGAUGAUGAUGAUGCCCGCACCUAUGCCAGCGCCUGAAUAUGGUCCACCCAGCACCACUGCCUCCUCAUACGAUCCAAGCAGCUGGGAACCAGCUAGCGGCGGCCCAUAUGCCCGUUGGGACUCACAGAAUCUCGCCUACAGCUCAUACCAUCCCAGCUCUAGCUCGUACAAUUCCGGCUCCAGCUCAACUGGAUCAUCGUCCAGCUACAGCUCAUCGUCGUAAAUUUUGCGAAUGCAGCCGACGCAUUUAAGGACCUUAUAACCCCAAAGAAACUGAAUCUCUAUUGUGAAUGUGAAAUAAGAUUGCGCAAUAGAGGAGAUGAAAAUGAGAGAGCACAACAAUCUGUACAUAGAAAAAAACACUGCAAAACCAAAAAGAAGAUGGGAAAAAUAUCGAAAAAUCGGAAACUAGGAAAAGAAAAGGACUAAGACAAAAACGCUAAGCUAACAUUUUAUCCGUGUAGGAUAUUUAUUAAUUGUAAUUUAUUUGUAUUAAUUUAAGUAUUUAGUCAUUCUUUCAUUUCUAUUUUAUUCUGCUAUUUCUCGACCUACAACUUACUGACUCACUCACUUUCACUUUUCCGACUUUCACUUUCCUAUUGCCUAUUACUUUGAACGCUACUUUCAUCUUCAUUCUUUUAGUCAACUAAUUUUCUUUAAUUUCCUUCGCUUAAAUUUUUCUUUUUCUCCUAUUACUACUCUCCUACUCUCCUAUUACUAUUUAUUACCUUACUCUUUGUCUUAUUUCUUUCACUACUUUUAUUCUAGUCCUAUAUUUCUGUAAUUACCUGAAUUUUGUUAUACAUUUUCUUUAUUUCCGUUUCACGAACUUCGACCUAAAAGACAAACAAAUCCAAAAAGCUAAGUUAAUAUUU